AUGCAUGGUCGUAUUUCCCAGAGGAAGUGGGCUGGAACAGAACCCAACAGUGGAAGUGGACUGGAGCAGAACCCAACAGAGGAAGUGGGCUGGAACAGAACCCAACAGAGGGAGUGGGCUGGAACAGAACCCAACAGAGGAAGUGGACUUGAACAGAACCCAACAGUGGAAGUGGACUGGAACAGAACCCAACAGAGAAAGUGCGCUGGAACAGAACCCAACAGUGGAACUCCCUACCCCUGUUCUCCUCCUCAGCCCCCUACCCCUGUUCUCCUCCUCAGCUCCCUACCCCUGUUCUCCUCCUCAGCUCCCUACCCCUGUUCUCCUCCUCAGCUCCCUACCCCUGUUCUCCUCCUCAGCUCCCUACCCCUGUUCUCCUCCUCAGCCCCCUACCCCUGUUCUCCUCCUCAUCCCCCUACCCCUGUUCUCCUCCUCAUCCCCCUACCCCUGUUCUCCUCCUCAGCCCCCUACCCCUGUUCUCCUCCUCAGCUCCUUACCCCUGUUCUCCUCCUCAGCUCCCUACCCCUGUUCUCCUCCUCAGCCCCCUACACCUGUUCUCCUCCUCAGCCCCUUACCUCUGUUCUCCUCCUCAGCUCCCUACCCCUGUUCUCCUCCUCAGCUCCCUACACCUGUUCUCCUCCUCAGCUCCCUACCCCUGUUCUCCUCCUCAGCCCCUUACCUCUGUUCUCCUCCUCAGCUCCCUACCCCUGUUCUCCUCCUCAACUCCCUACCCCUGUUCUCCUCCUCAGCCCCCUACCCCUGUUCUCCUCCUCAUCUCCCUACCCCUGUUCUCCUCCUCAGCCUUCCACCCCUGUUCUCCUCCUCAGCUCCCUACCCCUGUUCUCCUCCUCAGCCCCCUACCCCUGUUCUCCUCCUCAGCCCCCUACCCCUGUUCUCCUCCUCAGCUCCCUACCCCUGUUCUCCUCCUCAGCCCCCUACCCCUGUUCUCCUCCUCAGCCCCCUACCCCUGUUCUCCUCCUCAGCUCCCUACACCUGUUCUCCUCCUCAGCUCCCUACACCUGUUCUCCUCCUCAGCCUUCCACCCCUGUUCUCCUCCUCAGCCCCCUACCCCUGUUCUCCUCCUCAGCCCCCUACCCCUGUUCUCCUCCUCAGCUCCCUACACCUGUUCUCCUCCUCAGCCUUCCACCCCUGUUCUCCUCCUCAGCCCCCUACACCUGUUCUCUUCCUCAGCUCCCUACACCUGUUCUCCUCCUCAGCUCCCUACCCCUGUUCUCCUCCUCAGCUCCCUACACCUGUUCUCCUCCUCAGCUCCCUACCCCUGUUCUCCUCCUCAGCUCCCUACACCUGUUCUCCUCCUCAGCUCCCUACACCUGUUCUCCUCCUCAGCUCCCUACCCCUGUUCUCUUCCUCAGCUCCCUACACCUGUUCUCCUCCUCAGCUCCCUACACCUGUUCUCCUCCUCAGCUCCCUACACCUGUUCUCCUCCUCAGCUCCCUACCCCUGUUCUCCUCCUCAGCCUUCCACCCCUGUUCUCCUCCUCAGCUCCCUACCCCUGUUCUCCUCCUCAGCUCCCUACCCCUGUUCUCCUCCUCAUCCCCCUACCCCUCAGGGCCUUACCGGCACAGCGCCUACGGAGGCAGCCCGAGCGGCAACAGCGGGCGUGGCGCUGUGACCAUCCACUGUCUCCGCUGCCGGGAGGUCUGUAAGGGAGAGGUGGUUCGUGUGCAGAAUGUCCACUUCCAUGUCAAGUGCUUCACCUGCCAAGUGUGUGGCUGUGACCUGGCCCGUUCAGGCUUCUUCCAGAAGGGAGGAGAGUACAUCUGUACAGAGGACUACCAGCGCCUCUAUGGCACCAAGUGUGACAGCUGUGAAGACUUCAUCACAGGGGAGGUGGUCUCUGCGCUGGGGCGUACCUACCACCCCAAGUGUUUCGUCUGCAGCAUGUGCAGAAAGCCUUUCCCUAUCGGAGACAGGGUGACCUUCUGUGGGAAGAAGUGUGUCUGUCAGCAGUGCUCCCAUUCGCUGGUCAGCAACGCGCCGGUCAAGAUCCACGGACCCAGCCACUGUGCAGGCUGUAAGGAGGAGAUCAAACAUGGCCAGUCUCUCCUGGCCUUGGAGAAGCAGUGGCAUGUCAGCUGCUUCAAGUGUCAGACCUGUGGCACUGUGCUGACAGGGGAGUACAUCAGCAAGGAUGGUAUUCCGUACUGUGAGACUGACUACCACACCCAGUUUGGAAUCCAGUGUGUGACGUGUAACAGAUACAUCAGUGGCAGAGUGCUGGAGGCAGGGGGAAAGCACUACCACCCCACCUGUGCCCGUUGUGCCCGCUGUCUCAUGAUAUUUACAGAAGGAGAGGAGAUGUACCUGACAGGUUGCGAGGUGUGGCAUCCUGUGUGUAAACAAGCAGCUCGAUUGGAGAAGAAACUCAGAUUCAGACGUACCUCGGAGGCCUCCGUAUCGCCCCCUGGAUCCAGCAUCGGCUCCCCGAGCCGCAUCAUCUGUGCCAAAGUGGAAAACGAGGUCCUAAAUUGCAAAGAUCUGGCCCCACUGCCUAAGAUUAAAACUAUUUGUGACGUGCAGCGGCCCGAUCUCAUUCCCUGUGAGUCUUAUCACAGAUACUCCUCUGAUGACAGGCUAGAACACUACAGCUAUGGGGAGUCUCUGGGAACUCUCUCUCCAAACUCUCAGGACGUCUAUGACAGCGUGGAGCUGAGACAGAGGCGCUCCUCCAGCCCAGGCUUCAAUGACUCUCCCACCUACAGCCGCCAGGGCAUGUCUCCCACCAUGUCCACCUCCUGCUCCCCACAGCACUGCUUCCGCCCCGGCACUGAGAGUGGCAGGAGCUCUCUCUCUUACAGUCAGCUUGACACCAGGUCUACCACGUCCACCACCUACCAAGCCCCCAAGCAUUUCCAUGUGCCAGCCACAGGGGAGCUCAACGUCUACAGGAAACCUCCCAUCUAUAAGAGACAUGCCACUAAGAGUAAAACCAGCGACAUCCUCCAGACUUCCCUGUUUCCCGACACGUACUCUCCUGACCACUACCACCAGCAGUCUAACCACUACCCCUACACUCCCUCUCCCAGAGCUACUCGUGCCCGGAGGUUUUCCUCAGGUGGAGAGGAGGAUGGGUGGAAUCAAAGUCUUAACAGACUCCAAGGUGGUAUAGGCCGUAUGAUUCUGAAGGAGGAGAUGAAAGCCAGGUCUGGUUCCUAUGACAAUGACCCGUGGAGCAGCGCACGGAACUCCCGCACCAACUCCCGCACCAACUCCCGUAGCAACUCCCGCAGCAACUCCCGCAGUGGCAGCAAAGAGGCCCUGCACAAUGUGGGCUACAGCAACACUGUCAACGGAUCUCCUCAGCAGCAGUAUGGAGAGGAGAACUCCUUCAUCUCCAAGUCAGCCUCGUUGCCAGGGUAUGGCAGGAACGGACUGCACAGGCCCCAGAGUGCAGAUUAUUUCCAGUACGACAGCAGCAGUGCAGUUAACUGGGGAAUCAGAGAAUACAAGAUCUACCCAUAUGACGUGUUGGUAGUCACCAUAAGGAGGCAGAACCAGCCCCCCAAUGACGUGGACAGAGCCAGACUAGAGCGCCACCUGUCUCCUGAGGACUUCUACCGGGUGUUUAGGAUGACUAUGCCUGAUUUUGACCGGCUGGCAAUGUGGAAGAGAAACGAGCUCAAGAAACAAGUCCGACUGUUCUGAAAGGACCAGACUGUAGAAGCUCAGUAUAGCAGCCUGCUGGGCUUAACGUUAGAGGGGCCUGAGUCCUCACUGAGAGCCAUAAUAACCCGUCUGGGUGGCCCUCGAUCCAUCAGGUCAGAGUCACAGCAGAACCAGAACUAAAACCAGCUUGGGUUCUAGCCAUAGAAAUAUAAUGAGUUGUAAUGAUAUAGUUCUGUUGUUCCAGGACAUCCUCCGGGCCCGAGAAACCCAGCCAGCCUGAGUCUAUACAUCAAUAAGAUAUCUCUGGAGAAAGUGGAGUAACAGGCUCCUCCUCCUGAGCCAUGUCUGGUUGUGGGAGGACUAGACCAGGCUAGUUCUGCCUAUGCUUUCAGUAUUAUGUGUUUGCUUUAUUAGAAGGAGUUUAACUAUAGUUCUUGGCUGUCAUGUCAUUUUCAGGUUGCUGGUUUGGACAGCCUCUGAGACAUUAUCUUAUGAUCAAGCAGGAAAGAGAGAACAUCAGCAAACUGUCCAAACAGAACGUGCUACCAGAUAAACUCUGUCCUUGCUUUCUUUACUCUAAAUAUAUUGUUUCAUUCACAGACUUUUUUUUUAUUUUUUAUUUUACAUUGAGACUUAAACUUUGUAUUUCUUAAUAGAGCAAGGGUUCACCACGGAGUGAAAGGCUAGAUUGAUAUAUUGUGGUAGUACGGUUUAAGAAAAUGUGUGGAUCAUUGUGUGUUUACUG